UUCUUCACCUCACCUGUCAGUUUAUUUUACGAACAAAACAAUUAGUGAGUAAUGUGUGUUUACACCCAUAAAAUAUUGUUUAAUCUAAUAUAAUUCACAAUGGGCAGUACAAAAUUUAUAUUAUCUACUCUAGUUGCUCUUUUAGUGAUAAGGGAAAGUUCGUGCUUUAAUUGUUCGAUUCCUCAUAUCCUGAGAGGAGCAUGGUUUUCAUGGGAACAAGGAAGAAAUACUCUAACUACAUUGGACGCAACGACCAUGACUAACAGAGGAACUUGCAUUGAUAUCCAGAACGAACACCACGUUAAUUUCACUAUAGUUUUCCAAAAAGAGACGUGUUUUAGAUGCGUUAAGCUACUUGUCAGGACAGUCAACGUUCUCGAAAAAAUCGAAACCGCUUGCAUAAACGUCCCUCCGGAAUACGCUUCCGUAGAAACGGUUUGCAGAGGCCUCGAUCCCUACCAGCAACUGGCCACGCUAUUUUCCGAAAACUACAUUCCGAUCAACUGCAGAUCGUCGCUCGAGGGCGUCUGGAACUUCGCCUAUCAGAACCGUUUCAAAUUCACCGGAGAAUGCAACAAUCCCGACGCGCAGAUUCGAUCCUGCCAAACGGCCGGGUCCCAGUUCUUAAUAACCAAUCAGAAAUUUAAUAUUACUUACAAAAAGUGCGAAGGAAUGACCGGGACGUUCGACGGAGUCGUCGAGUACAGCUGCCUGGGCGAUUGGUUCGUUGGAAAAAACCACUACUUCGCCGUGGCCAACACGAAGGAAUCCAGAAAAGACGAGAAAUACAGAUGUUUCCUGAAGAACAGAGACGACGAUUUGUACAUCGGUGUGUCCAUUACGGCGGAAUGUAACACUCUAAAAACCGUAGAAAAGAGUCCGGAAAGGUUGCACAUUACUCCUGUGAAAUCCGAGAUCGUACAGCCGGGUUGUCGGUUACCGCAAAACUUUACCGGCGAAUGGAUUAACACGGCUAAUAUAGACGCUGAUAUAUUCAUCAAUGAAACGCACAUCAUCGAGACCUGGUACCCAGAUGAAGGUAGAUACAGAAGAACGAUUUACGUGUGUAGAGAACAAAGAGAUAGCCGAGUAAUGAUGGCUAGAUUGACGGUAGACGGAUGUCAAAAGGAUUUCACUUGCUUCGAUUUCGUACCGCAACAUCACAACAUUAUUCGUUACAGACGAGGCAUUGCUGUGAUUAAAGACGAUUUCAGUACGGUGUGUUCUUGGGUGCAGUUCAAGAACAACAACAAGUGGAAGUACGAUUUGUAUUUGAAGAAGAAUCCCAUUGCGAUUAAGUGUCCGGUAGCGGGGAAGUUUAAUUUUACGCAGAAAGGAGACGUGCCAUUCGUAACUAGGAUCCUCGGUGGAGUAACUUUGAGCCCUCGCCCGAACAUCUAUUGCAAACAAAACAUCUCUGAUUUCUCUGUGUGCGAUAGCGAGCAAAAGGAAAUUUCAAUCGAUGAAAACUAUUGCCUUUCCGUGGACCAUUUGGGUAGACCUACGGAUAUAUACAGCGAUCCUGAUUACAUAAUGAAGUGCAUCGGUUUUUGGAAGGAGAAUCUCAAAUCCUAUUUGAUAACAUACGAUGAGCUGGACCCGUUGUCGAAAUAUCGCUGCUGGGUGUACCAAAGGGCCGAUUUGAACCGAGUUUUGAUGUCUCAAGCUAUCGGACCGUUCUGUGAUCUGAACCAGAACGUUUACUCGUGGAAUUACACCGAAGGAGCUUCGGUUGCUAUAGAAAUGCAGGAAUAUGAAAGAGAACGUGAUCAGUGUCCGAUGUACUUCGAUGACGGUUCGAAUCCUUGGUUGGACACCGAUACAGAAAGACAGAUAUUCGAUUUCUUCGAUUAUUUCCGCUCCGAUGCGAGUCUAAUCAAAUCGUCCUGCUUCGGUUUGAUUAUCACAUUCGUUUAUUUGCUUGUGUGAACUGUUUGAAAAAUGCACUAUGAACACACAAAUGAACAAAAUUGUACAUUUGAAUGUGUACAUUUCAAAUUAACUCUCCGAUUAGAACUGAUUUAAAUGUAGUAGAAGUUGAAGUGCCUCAUAGAACAUAAGUGUAUUUUUGAAUAUUUAAAAAAUUUGUAAUUUUUUUACAAUGAAAGUAAUUUUUCUACAUAGUAUUUUGAUACUAUUACGCAUUUUAUUAGAUUAAGACGCUAUUUGAAUUUUUUAUUAUGAAUUUGUUGAACAAAUUGUUGUGUUUAAUUAUGGCAGUUAUUUUUUGUUUAAACUAUCGCAAAUGUGUUGGUGUUAAUAAUUUUUUUAACUAAUUAUAAUUUUUAUUAACUAAAUAAUCAUGACAUUUUUAUAGAUCUGAAACUUAUGUAAUUAGUACCGUCCAUUUUUUUAUACAAUUUUUAUCUUUUGUAAUUUGUUUUGUGAACUAAGUCUAU